CUGACCAUUCAAUCGUCAUACAGCUUCCCUAGCGCAGUGUCUAUGAAAGCGAAACGUUUUAUCUUAAGUUCAGAACGUGUCACUUGCAGUCUCAUCUGAUGUCCAACUCAAAGCCUGCACCAAUCGCCAUCGUCGGCGGCGGUCCUUGUGGACUUACACUCGCACGCCUCCUCGAAUGUGCUGGCAUUGACUACAUCGUAUUCGAACGCGAUGCAUCGGCAGUCCCAGCACCGGCCUUCCAGGGUGGAACUUUGGAUAUUCACGGCCGCACAGGCCAGGAAGCACUCCGACGUGCUGGUCUACACGGUGAAUUCGAAAAGCUUGCCCGAAGAGAUGCCACGAGUAUGGUUGUCCAGAGCUACAAGGGUGAACAUUUCAUGAAAUUCGGCGAAGAACGCGAUGCACCUGAGAUCGACCGUCUCCAACUGCGGCAGAUACUCUUGAAUUCUAUCCCAUCGCAUCGGAUCCGUUGGGGGAAGGCCCUGUGUGCUAUCGAGCGUGACACGAACCAAAAGCCGACCGAUGCCAGAGACAUCGUUCUGCACUUUGCAGAUGGUUCGACAGAGACUAGAUUCCGACUUGUUGUGGGUGCUGAUGGCGCUUGGAGUAAAGUGCGACAACUGAUCACGCCUGCCAAGCCCCACUAUGCAGGGAAAAUGUUCAUCGAGGGUCAGCUGUCCCUCGACAAUCCACGGUACCAGGCUGCGCAUGAGAUGGUUGGCCUCGGAAACUCGAUCGCCAUGAGCGCUGACGCCAUUCUAUGCGUGCAGCAAAUGCAUGAUCGUUCAUACCGUGUCUACAUGGGCAUUAAGGGCCCACAAGACCUGACUCGACCCGGGGGUGAACUCGACGUGACCAAUACCGACAAGACUCGUGCCGCGCUACUUGCACCUGCUGGGUUCUAUGGCAACUGGGCAGAGCAUCUCCGCGAGUUUGUCGCCCAUGCUGAGGGACCCUGGCGUGUUUGGCCUUGGAGCAAACUUAACCCUGAUUUGCUCGUGCCAGAGGCCGAGAAAGCUGCUCACGAUGAUGUCCAGAACAAGGAUGUCUGGAAGCGUUCUCCUGGCGUUGCUCUCAUGGGAGAUGCGGCGCACCCUGCAUCACCAAAUGGCGGGGGAGUCAAUGAAGCCAUGUACGACGCAUUGCGACUGUUUGAGAGCAUAUCCGUGGAAAUAGGCGACAAGAAUGAUGUGGAAUUUGAUGCAACGAUGGAUGCAGAGGCGCUGGAGCGAGCUAUCACUGCAUAUGAGGCCGAGAUGCUCCCUCGCGGACGUGAGCACAUUCAAGAUGGCAUGAACGUGGAACAAAUGUUUUUCGGCGAGGAUGCGGCCAAAACUCUCAUUGAGACUUUCGCCCACGCGAAGCCAGAGGCUAAUGAGCCCCAGAUGGAGUCCUGAUCAGUUUUUCUCCUCUUUGGUGAAUUGGCAUAGCGUGUUUAAGAUGUGAUUAUAGAAAAUAUUUAGUGAUAGAUCUCUCCGCUCUAGGAUUUCCACGUGUGAAUAAUUAGUCUACAAAUUAAUAUAGAAGAAUC